AUGAAGAAUUUCAUUGAUCGAUUCAAAGAAGGUUGUACUCGAAGGAUCUCAAACUUUGAUCAUGCCUUGAACAUAAACGGCGGUUACCGAUGUGCCAAGCAUGAAUACAAGAUUGUUUUCGAGCCAAACACGUUGGUGGAAUAUGUAGCUGACUUUGACACUCCAAAUCAUGUCUUUGAAAUCGCUCCUUUUGCCGAGAUAACAAAUUUUGUGGCAAAGUUUGAUUACUACUUUGAUGUGAUUGGAGUGAUCAUUGGUUAUAGUGGCCCUGUUGCUGAGGAAGGGAAAAAGAGGAUUACCGUUGAAUUGGAGCAUGAAAGGGCUGAUAGGCUUAAGAUAACAUUGUGGGGAGAAUACGCUAACAGGAUCACUAAUCUUAUGUCUACUGAUGUGCCGUAUCCUGUUGUUCUCAUAGUGCAAUAUGUGAACUGCAAGAAGUAUUAUGGUAGCUCAAAUUUGUUGGCCUAUAGAAUGGAGGAAGAUCAAAUCAAAGAAGCCAGCAUCCAUAAGAUAUCCAUUAUGUCAUCCAUAUCUGGCUACACAACACUUGAAGAUUUUGUCAAUGGUGCAUUGUUUUUGUCACUGAAUGAGAUUAAGGAGAUUGAAGAGGAAUACGAUUGGUCCUAUAUAGGUUGCAGGGAUUGCAAUAGGAAAGUUGUUGAUGUUGAGGAUGUUGAUGCACCAAGAACUGUGAACAAGUUUAGCAUUGGUGCAAAUGGAGUCAAACAUCCAAUUUUCCCAAGAAGUGGAUGUGCAGUUUAUGUGAGGGAUGAUUCUGCAAGUAGGAUUGUGACACUCCGAGACAGACAUGUGUACAAUUUCAUUCACAAGACUGCUACUGAACUUCGUGAGAAGGACAUUGAUGCUGAGCUAAGUGCUGAAUUUGCUCAUAACAUUACUCCUACUCAAUACAACACUGCUAAGACUGGGGCAUCUUACAUAGAUGAAACCGAUAUUGGACUUCCAGGUGAUGACACAGCUGACAGCCCUCCUCCCAAGAAGUCAAAAGAAAUAAAUGAAGGGAAUCAAAGCCAUUUUUUGACCAUUGUAUCAUCUGAAUUGGGAGAAGUGGUCUUCAUGACAUCUGUAGCUCUCUCUUUCUGCUUCGCAACUGAUGAGAAUCAUGUAGCCUUCCAUGGUGAUUCUCCUAGUGAGGGGAAUGAGCUAGUCCUUCAUUCUAGUUUUGGAAUGCCAAGUUUACUUUGCAGGCCAAUCAAGGAAGAGAGGAUGGAUCUUGACUACCUAUGUGAUAGGGAGUUGGUUCAAGAGAGCUAUGAUCAAGAUGAUGAGAAUGUCAUUAACUUUGGAGUUCAAACCAAAGGAGAUGAUGACCUCAUGGAAAUAAGUGCUCAAGAGUAUCAAGGGAGUUUGACUCUAUGUGCUCCAUGA